UCCUCUUUAUUUUUGAUUGGAAUUUCCGCGUUGAUACGCGUUAAGUUCUACGAUCGAUCGAAGGGAGUGGAAGUACGUAAUAGCGAUCAGCAUUAUUGGCAUAGAGUAAUAUUUGCAGAGUCGUGCGUCGCUCAAGAAAAUGAUGCGUAUCUCUGGCUUCUUUCAUAUUACGACCGUGUAAUUUUGCCAGUUGCGCGCGCCAGGCUUAAGCAUCUAGCAGCAAGAUUUUCAAGGGAAAAUCACGCAAUGGCUAACGUUGGACCAGCACUACAAAGAGUCAUUAAUCUCCAUCCGGAUCUUCAUCAAAUUACAGCAUUUCACUAUGCGGCAAGAAGAGGAUGUCAAUGGAUUAUCACUGAGUUGCUGUUAGAUAGAUCUAAAGUUUAUCUGAAAGAUGAGCAAGGGCGUACUGCACUGCAUUAUGCAGCACGGUAUGGUCAAUUUGGCAUCGUUCAGCUAUUAUUAGAUAACGGAGCUGAUAUUACGAUUGUCGACAACAAUGGAAUGACAGUGCUUCAUGAGGCAGCAGAAAAUGGCCAUAUGAACGUUGUCGAACUGCUGUUGAUGACAGGUUGUCAGGUUGAUCCUGCAACUGACAUAAGAAAAUCGCCCUCAGGAAAGACACCGUUAUUUCUCGCAGCAUCACAUGGCCACGGUCACAUUGUUCGAAAAUUAUUGGAAUGUGGAGCUAUUGUUGAUACUACCAACUAUCGUCGAUUAUUCUCAAUCUUACACUGUAUUACAAAGAAGGGUUAUCCAGGAAUAAUUGAGAUCAUACUGCAGUAUGGAGCUAAUGUUAAUGUCCAAAGUCGCAAUGGACUUACGCCAUUACAUCUUGCAGCGUUAGGUGGCAAGGUACACGUUAUCGAUGUAUUAUGGAGAAACGGAGCAAUUCUCGAUUUUGUAGAUGUAAAUGGCCGUAACGCAUUACAUUAUGCAAUAACAAGCAAUCAUCUCGAAGCGGUUAUAAAGUUAUUAGAAUGCCAAGCUGUCAUUGAUUUUCCAACCAGAGAACAAAUGACAGGAUUGCAUCUCGCAGCUAAGUCGGGUAAUAGAGAGAUCGCCGAAGAGUUGCUCAGACGUGGAGCUUCAAUUGAUCCAAGAUCUGAAACCGGAGACACUCCAUUAAAUGUAGUGGUACUUUAUCAGCAUAUUGACGUGGUUAGGCAGUUGUUGAUUUGUGGAGCUGCAGUUGACUCUCCAAACAAUUUGGGAAAUACAGCAUUACAUUUAGCAACUAAAACCGCCAAUGUAGAAAUCAUUAAUGAGUUAUUAAAAUUUUAUGCCAAUAUCAAUUUUAAAUGCAAUAAUGGAAAUUCAGCAUUGCAUUACGCGGCAGAAAUAGGUUCAAAUGUUAUUGUCAAUUUAUUAAUGAAUAGUGGAGCUAAUGUGGAGGCUUUAAAUAACGAAAACAAAAAAGCAUCAAACAUUGCAGAAGAAAAUAAUCACAUGGAAGUAGUUGCAGAUCUAAUGGCCAGAGAGACUGCAAUUUUUUAUCAGCGCAGAAGACUGUUUCUGUAACCUAGUUACAGUACGGGUACAUUGCGAAUAACUAUUGUAAUUCUAUUAGAAUAUUGCCGUUGAGUUAUUGAAUAAAAGAGAGACUGAUCAUUUUGUGAGCACGGGCGAGCGAUUAAGAGAUGCGCACGUUGUGUACUACGUAUUGAGCUUUUUACCAGAAUAUUAUUUAAAUUGUUUAUUUUAAUCGUUCAUUUUCUCUUAUAUUAUUUGAAAAUUUCUAUAAACUAUAAUCAGCGAAUAUAAAUCGAACUACAUCAGCGUCUUUCUUAUCAAUGCUAAUAUGAUAGUAUUGUUUGAGGUGUAUUUGUGAUUUCAAACAUGCAUUCCAAGUUUUAAGUUAUUUCAUAUUUUGGUGUUAUUGUGAUUUUUUGUGGUAUUCAGACGCUAUUACCUGCAUAAAAACAGUCGAAAAUAUAUAUUACUGAUUAAUCUUUUAAUGUUUUUUCAUACGAGUAAAAUAACUAUAAUUAUGAUAAAUGUAUUGCGUUUUAAUUGCAAAAUUUCUCUUGAUUGUAUACAUGAUAUUUUUUAAACAAAUACAUUGUAAUAUAAUUAG